UCUUGGGGAAAGGAGGACAGACCUGCACUUCUGGGAGAAUGGGAGAAGUUGGGUGGAUAGUGCUGUUUGUGAUGACUUUCAUCAGCUGCAAUGCCUUCCUGGAUCUGUCUAGUGUCCACCAGGUCACGGGCACAUGGAUGGGAUCCACCACUGUACCGUGUACCUAUGUGCCUUCAGAAGAUUUCACACAGCAAACGCUCAGCUGGAGCCUGGAGCGGGACUCCAGCACCUCUACCAUCUUCCGGAGGGACGACUCUGGUGACCACAUCUUGCUGUCCAAAUUCCGAGGCCGAGUCAGCGUCCAAAAGCACAGCCCAGGGGAUGCCUCACUCCGCAUUCAGAACCUUGAAAUACCUGACAGUGGACACUACACUUGUCAAAUCAUCUGGAGAUCUAGAGAUAACAGCUUGAUAACAAGAGAGGUGACCACUAUAGUUAAAGUUGUCAAAGUGGCAGCCACCAAGCCCAUCAUCAGAGCUGCAGGCCCGGGGCUGACGCUGCCGGCCGGAGCCAGCACCAGGCUGAGCUGCGAGGCCGGCGGCUCCCCUCCCAUCAGCUACCGCUGGUUCCGGGCGGGCAGAGCCGAGCCCCUGAGCAGCGGGGCCGAGCUGGCCUGGCCCAGCCUGCGGCCCUCGGACAGCGGCACGUACUUCUGCGAGGCGCACAACAGGGCUGGGGCCGGCGCCGCGCAGCGCAGCGAUGCCGUGCAGCUGACGGUGACAGAUCUGCCCACAACAACUGUGGCCUUGCAGAGGAAUGUGGGAACCACGCGGGGACACCACUCAACCACAGGUCAGGAAGACAGUAGUGACAUGGAGCACACAGUGACAGAUCCAGUUCCAACGACACGGGUCUCCAGGAUGGAUACUGCUCCAGUAGGGCCUUUCACAGACACAGGUUCCCCGCGGCUCGCAGCGUCCCCGCUGCUCUACGGGCUGCCGGCCGCGCUGGGCGGCGCCGCGCUGGGCGCGCUGCUGGCGGCGGGGCUGGGCUGCUGGCGGCGGCGGCGGAGGAAGGACGAACCUCUCUAUGAAGUUGCUUUCCGCCGCACUGCAGAUGUCGCCCUGCUGCACCCUGAGGUGGAAGUCCCUGCUAAGUGCCUACAGGAGGAAACGUGCUCCAGCACUGAAAAGACCACCGUGAAAGACAGGAAAAGCCCUGAGUAUGAGAACCUUGUGACUGCAAUGGAAUCUCAAUAUGGAACAGAAGGAAUUUACUAGAGUACCAGCUUUUCCACAUGAGCAGCCAUGCAGGGCUGCAGGUACUGAAUAGUGAACUCAGCAGAGAGAAACUCUUCCUCCUGUUGUCCCUCUGUUCUGCUCUCACUGCUUGCUGUAACCCAGAGGAACUGCAUAACCUUUUAGUCUUUGGCAGACCAGGCCCUGCCUGUGGGAGCAAAAACCCCUCGCCACCUUUAUGUCCACCCACUUCUAUAGAGCAAGUUGUUUCUGAGCAACCUGAAGGACCCAGGGCAGGAAGAGAGGAUCUGAAGGAGUGACAACAUGAAAUUAUUUAGCCUGUAAAUCCAGGAGUAGUUGGUGCAAUGCUGGCAUUCAGUAACACUAGCAAGGGAUACUCUCCAAUGUGUGUUCCUGUUAAGACAUCCCAGGCUGCAAGGAACCAGGAUUGUGCUGGAAAUGGAGAUCCUGUGGCUUUUCCAGUUCAGCAAGUACUGGUUGUACAUCCUGCCUGUGCUUGAGUCUUUCUUCUUUUUUUUUGUUACAGCGUGGUAAAGGGACAACAGAGGGGAGAUUGGUGUUCCAGGAAUUUUUGCUAUCAGACUGGAGCUCAGUGCUCAGAGAGAGAGGGAAUGAGUCUCUGAACUGUCACCCACUGGUUUUCUUCUGGAAAACAAGAACAGAUGUUGAAGGAAAUGCUGGCAUUUAAUUUUUACAGUUUGGGGGCCACAGGCAUGAUAAAAUAGAGGGAAAUUUGAGGCAUUUGGAUAAUGAUUAAGGGACCUCUCUGAAUACAACAGGCUGACACCAAUUUACUCUGAGGGAUGUAAGUCAAUCUGUGUGAUUACUAAUGCUGACCUGUUGUACAACAUGGAUGCAAUUCCUGCCUUCAGCUGCAGUGCAUUCCCUACAGUACACUGUCACUCAGCAGCCUGAUUUGCCUUGUCAUUGUUAAUUGUUUGCAUCUUGCCUGUACUGCAGUGCUGCUGUCUGUUCUGUCCUCUCUGUCUGUACCUCCAGCCAGCAGCCCUUUGUCCUCCAGGGACUUGGCAGGGAGGAGGAAUGCCUCCUGGCUUUAGCAAACCAAAUUUGUAAGAAUUACUGCCUUUUUUAUAUCAGUGAGUGCAGCAAGGAAAACAUGGGGAAGCUGCUGAGCUCAAGUCACACACACCCUCCUGCUUGGCCCUGACUUCGCCCACAAGGCUCAUCUCUGCUGCCAUGUAUCAUCUCUUUUUGAGUCAGCAGGGUCACUUUGCUGUUUGUGGCCUAAGUGCUGUGUAGAGCCACACUUUUACCUUUACAGCUCUGAAUUGCAGGAUGUGAGGUGGGAAAGAUCAGAGAAAAAAAAAAAUCUCCUGCCUAUAUUGUGAGGGCUUCACAAGCACGGUGACAGCCAUGCAGGGAUGGCUGUGCUGGCUGUCAGGUUGUGCUCCAGGGAGGCAAAGUCUGGAUCCAGUCUGUCCCUGUGGGACCCAUGGCAGCCAGUCCUGAAGACCCCAUUCUGCAGAAGCUGCUGGCAUCAGCAGUUCCAGGGGUGGUGCAGAACAAAGGAGUUGAGGGGAAUGGAGAGCUGCAGCCAUGCUCACACAGGGCAGUAGCAUAUCAUGCAAGGUCAAUGCUGGGUGGGAAGGGAACUGAAAAUUUCUCAGCUUCCCCAUCCUUACCUCAGCAAAUCUAGGCCCAAAACAUGUGACAUGGCAUUCUCCUUCCCCCCACCCCCCAAAAUAAUCCUCAUUCAUUUUCAAUUAGCUUGGUAUUUUGUGCAAAUUUUCCUGCUGUUAAAAGCUCUGAGCUCCAGGUUCACUCAUUGACUAUGUAACACCAUGGUUUUUCCAUCUUGUGAUUCCUCCCAGCACUGAUCUGCUCUGACAAGGUCUGGACACCUUCCUCAGAAGACAUGAAGCCUGGGAGAAGCUACAGAGGAAGAAGGCAACAGGAGUUAAGAAAGGGGGAGCAGAUGGACCAGCCCCCAUGUACUCCAUCUUGUCACUCCUCUAGUUAGGGCAGCAACAGGACUUUGGUCACAAGCAGCAGAAGAGUGCAAACAUUAGAAGCCUGUCUCCAGUGCUAAGGUGUUUUUCCCUGGAUAACAAGUGUGUUAUUAUUUCUUGAUUUUACUUUUAGCAUGUUUUUCAUGUUUCUAGUAAAACCUGUUGGCAACAGAACAUUUUUCUUCUGAAACCAGAAAACUUCUCCUUUCCUUGCACUGUGCUCUUCUGCUGAGCUCUGCUCCAGAACGGAAGGAAAAGCUCAGCUUCUGCCCUGAAAGGACACUGCCUCCCAAAAACACACUACCUCAAGUGGCCAGCACAGUGUCAUGAGACUCGAAGUUCCCCUUGCAGUGCCUGUCCCAUGGAGGGGACCUGUUGGCUUUUACAGCUGCUG